UGGUUAAACGUAACGUGGAAAUUGGUUUGUGUAGAACAAGAAGAGGAACACUUUUUUUUUUGAAAGAACAUUAAAGUAAUAGCAAUACAGCACGACUACGAAGACGACGACGACCAAGACCAAGACCGCGAACACAACAACUACGACGACGACAGUACGAGGUAAAAUAUUACAAGCAACCAAAAAUAGACACAUGACAAAGGACAGCAAUAAUUUACACUGCAAAACAGUUUUUGUAAAAUCGAAACGGUAAAAACGAAGUUUCAACUGAAAACUGUAUGUAAGCGAGAAAAAGCAACUAUUGUUAAUUUCACAAAGCCAAUAAACCAGCCAGCCAGUAAGCACAGACUUGACAAAUAAACCAAGCAACCAAAUCCAUAGACAUUCAAGCGUAAAUCAAGCCAUAUUUUCAAGCUUUCUUUCCAAUACACACACCCCACAUAUGAGCAACACACAUACCGCAACGGAAAACAGCUGACAUAUGCAAUUUUCACUGUUAUUUGAGUCGUUGAAAUUGCAAAAUUAAUGGUGUGAAAUUCUAUUGAGCGAGUAGUCAGCAAAGCCACCGCCGUUGCAACGCGAGAAAUAGUAAUUUAAAAAAACAGCAAAAGCGCAACCAAAYCUAACAAAAAAAAUAGUCCCAAUUUGCAAGCAACAAAUCCGUUUACUUGAAAGCGAAAGAUGAAUAUGUCAAAUUUCGUAAAUUCAGCAAAGUCCGUAAAUUAAAUUUUUACAGCAGAAAAGUUCUUAAAUUAGCAGCAAAGUCGGUAGGAAAAGCAUUGAACAGCCAGAAGAGAGCACGCGAGUGAAGAGUAUAAGUAACGCAUUGACAGGCGGCAGGCGCAAGCAAACCAGUCAGGAAGCUACCAAACAACAAUAACAGGCAACAAACACAUUUCAACACGUACCAGCGCGAGCACAGGCACAACAACAACAACAACAACGAAGCAAAGUAAACGGCAAAUGAGUGAAAAGCAAAUCAGCUGCAAGCCAAACGACUCGUGCAGUGAGUGAGAGCGCAGCGCAGCGCCAAACGCACAAGCGUUAGCUCCAGCAAGGCAUAUAAGCGCUGAGUAACGCAGGCCAGAGCAAACGAAACGAGUGUGGCAGUGACGCGUUUGAGCCAAAAUAGCGCACAGCCGAGCCUUGGAGCUUGGUGCCAGCAACGUUGGCAGUCAGUAGCAGCUGAGAGAGCGUCGAGUAAGUAACGUCUGUAAAUUUGGUGCAAGACGACGUAGAGGAGCUCGCGCAAAGCAACGGAAAUUAGCAAAGACGAGACGACGUGUUACAUAGGCAGACAACCGGCCACACAACGACGCACCGCGAAAGACAACCAAAGCUACUGUUGUAAAAUCAGCCGGUGUAACGCAUUGUAAAGCAGGAGAAGCAACGUCACACUCAAAAAAUAAAAUAAAAACAAUAUUUGCAAAGCUGCUUACGCUGCGUUUAAGGAAGUGACAUUUAUGAAAUAAAUCCAUUUUCACAACAGCUGUGCAAAAAAGUGAAAGCUAACCAGUACAAUUUGCCAUUGAUAUUGUGGACGCAGCCCGAAACGCCGUAGCCGGAAAAAGUGCAGACAGUUUGCUUUUUGUUGUGUUGCAGAUAAAAUAGUAGGCACAAAGUGGCACAGUACAAGGAACGGCCAACGAAACUAGCAGUGAAGCCAGCAUAAAAGAGUGCCACAAGCAAACGCUGCAAUAAAAAAWAAAAUWAAAAAAGGAAGCAACUAAAUCGAGGCGCAGAUAAAAAGCACAAAAGCGCCGACAAAGCGAAAAUAUUUUACAACAAACGCGAAGCCAAAAUAUUUUACGACAAAUAGGCAGCAAAAGUUAAAGCGUUGCAGGCAAAUUUCCGGCCUACGUGCAGCAGUGCAAGCAAACGGCGUUGAGACCAGUGCGUCAAGACUAAAAACCACAAAUUUAAGUAAAUAAAUAAAAAAAAAAAAAAGAAAUCAAGUGAUAUUUUAGUGCUGUGAAUGAGACGUAGAGGAGUUGACGACGAAGCCUACAAAAAGCGUAGACAAAUAAGCAGCAGCUACUAAGAGCAGCUGAGCAAGGAACAAGGAAACUCAUACGGCCCGGCAGCCCGACAAGACGCAAGCCGAAAAGCCAUAGCACACAAUUAAGCAGCGACAAGCAGUAGAAAUUUAAAAAUCAUUACAAAUUUCUUGUGAUGACUGCAGGCAGUGCAUAUUAGUGGCAGCUUAUGUGCAACACGAAAAUUGGUGCGAGCAGCUUGCGUGGCUGAGAGUGGCGACUUGCAACUUGCUAAGCGUAAAAUACACACAAGUUCAGGGAUAUAAAUCAUUUCAUUUUUUAAUAAUAAAAAAAAAUUAAUUAACCAACUAUAAAAUUAAUACAAAACACAAAUUAAUAAAAUACACAACAAUAACAAUAAAAAGCGAGCAAUUAAUAGCGGUUGAAGCAGGCAACAAGAAGAGCUUGAAGGCAGUAAGCGGUGUGCGUGCAUUAUUUAUGAAAAUAUAUGUGUGUGCGUGCAACAAAAUACGUCAAAAUGUAAAUUAAAUUUAAUGCAACAAAAUUUCGUGGAAGCAAAAAAUCAACGCGUAUUGCGAAACGAGGAAAAAAUCGAGGCAAAUAUUUAACAGGCGAGCUGUAGGCGAGAAAAAAAUUGCUUGCGARAAAAAAGAAGACAAAAGUUGUGUAUGCCUUCAGUCAGUUAUUUACAAAGCAACCGCACAUAAGAAGCUAACAAAUUAAUUAGUGUAAAAAGAAAUGCAGUUAAAAGUAAUAGGACGCAGCGGUGGUACUAGUACACAACUACUCCUUUUUUAACGCCUUUUURAACAAGCAUAAUAAAUACAAAUAAUCAACAAACUACAAAGUAAUGCAAAAGUAGCGUUAAAACCGUUUUAAUAAAACAUACAAACUAAUGCAAAAGCAACAAAAACAAACAACUUAGAAUAACAAAUUGAAGCGUGUGGCGACGACAAAAGGAGCAAAGACAAUUACAAAUUGAACUUAGUUGUUAUUUUCCAAUUACAUUUUUGUUAAGUAAAGCCUAAAAAAUUUAAAACAUCUACUAAUAGACACAACAAAUUAUCAUUAAUGUUUAAUAAUUGUUAAUUAAAUAAUAAACGCGUUUAACUAAAGUGAAACUUAAUAAGACAACGCAGCAGAACGGUUUUCGAAACGCACUUCAGGCAGCAGCAUGAGUCGGCUAGCGUGUGAUUGAAGUGAAUUGAAMGCUAGGCAGAACGCGAGUGAGUAUAAGACAGUCCGACAGUGUGUCAAGUUCUGUGCCGUUUUGCGACGUUUUGUGUUUGCUUUCUAAUACAACUGUGUGUCUUUAAUUUUAAUUCAACAAAUUAAUAAGAAAAAUAUAAAACGAAAACAAUUUUUGUGAUUAAAGUGCAUUUCUCUAAGCGUAAUUUAAUUGAAGUAGUAAGAAAUCAUACAUUAUAACUAAGCAGUAAAUUGAAAAAAAAAAACACACGACAACACCAAAAACACGCGCAUACGCGACGCUCAAAAGCAAAAAAAAAAAAAAAUAUUUAAUAAUAAUUUUCCAACUCCACACGUACGCUGCAGCUCACUGCAGCGCCAACAACAUUAAAAUUGGCAACACUACAACAACACGCUACCACAACCACACAAACACAGCAGCAGCCACGGGCACUGCAACAACAGCAGGAGCAGGAGCGGCCGGUAGCGACAGCCAACACGAACACACAGGCGUCACACAGCCAGUCAACAACGCCAGCAGCAGCAGCAACACACCCACCACAAGCAUUAAGCAGCUCUUGGCGCUUGUUAGUAGCGCCAGCGCCGUCAGCGCGGCCGUCGAUAUACCGCCGCCCAGUCCGGUCACGGAGGCAGCGGUCGAGGCGACCACCGUCGAUCAGCAGCGUAGGCCGUACUUGCAGGCAGCGGCUGUUGCGCAACGCCGGCAACGCGCCRAAAGUGUUGCCGCCAGACAGCAGCCAGGAGCGCGUAUUGGAGCGCCACAAGCUAAAGGCGCGCCUGAAAGUGAAGUCGACGACGAAGUGGAAGUGGAAGCCGAAGCGGAAGCAGAUUCCGGGCGCAUUCUUAACGUGUGCGCUGGCAGUGACAUUGACGACGACAGCGAGGCUGAAAUUGAGCGCGUUGAAGCUGCACGCAACGGCGAUACGGCGGAGGUGGCGCAAUUGACGCUGGCUGGCGCUGAGCGCGAGUACGCGCACGUUGACUACGAGUCACAGUUCGAAUUGGACGCCGAGCUGGAGCGACACGCCAACGAUUUGAUCCAUAUCGAUCAAGUCUUCGAGGAGCUGCGCCAAAAAAUGGAAGUGCUCUCAGURCAAAAUCAAUAUCAGGGACAAUUCGGUGUCAUCGGUUCAAGCAAAGUUAAAGACUGGGCGAGUCCGCUAACGCCACCACCACCAACAACCACACAGUUACCAACCGGCAAUCAUACGACUAGCGACAACGUUGUGCACAAUCAACGCAACAACAGCAACAACCAUAGCUUAAGCAAUAAACAACAGGCGAGCGGAGAGCAGCAGCAGGACGAAGCGUUGCAGCCAGCGCUGCAGCUGUACGCUGAGGACGCCAUAGCGGGCGGUGACGUAGUGGACGGCGGCAAUUGGUCGGCGCCACAGCAGGCACACCACAAACGAGCACAUCACCACGAGCAGCGACAUUUCUACUAUAACAAUCACCAUUACGGUGGCGCGCAACACAACAAUCACCACCAAUAUCACCAACAACAUCACCACCACCACCAACCACACUACAAUCACUUGGCACAUCACGACAACAAUUACCAACAUUAUCAAGUGGCACAGCAGCAACAACAAAAAUACUAUAGUGAACAAAAACGCGCCACACAAGCGCAGCAAAAGCAAAAAACACCGCCGUUACCGACGACCAACACCAAACAAGCGGCUAUGGAGGCCACUUAUAACAACAAUUUGUUCUACUAUGAACCACCAGUAGCGGCCGGCAUCACACCGACAGGCUCACCCACAACGGGUAGUUGUUUCGGCAGCGCCACUACCGAUGUGGACAUAGCCGCGGUCAAUGAGCUGGCGCAGCGCGUGCAGACGGAGUUGCGGGAUGCGAAGAAGCGCCACCUGGACUGCACCGAGGUCUCGCUGCCAUUUGAUCUCAUGCCGCGCAUAGCGGCCGAAAUAAUUAAGGCUUCGGAGCGGGAACCGUGUGGGGUGCGCGGCUGCUCGCUGUACAUCGACUUCGAAUGCGAGCCGAGCAAUGUGCGACGCAUUGCCUCUUUCAAAGUAGACGACUGCACUGUCUCCACCUUCGAGCUGUAUCUUACGCUGAAGCAGGACAAGAGCGGCUGGACUUCGCUGUUGCCACAAUUUAUCAAAAACCUAACACGCAGCAAUACCAUUUUGAUAAGCCCCGAUUUCACGUUGACCAAGAACAAGCUCUACUCCUGCGAUUAGUGGGCGUAAGCGUGCUUGCGCCAGCUUGUUCCAGUUUAUUCCAGCUGCGUUUGUUUGCGAGAGGAGAGUUCUAUUCUUUUUUUUUUUUUUAAACACAUGUAUACAUACAUAACCCAGCCAGCGAUCUCAUUUAUUCUCCUAAGCGCAAACACACGUCAAAAUUUACAACAAGAAUGUGGCGAAAAAUACACAACAACAUGGAAGGACUUUGAACGAAGGGCAACCGAAAUUGGUCAAUUGCGUAUUAAUAGCAAUUUUAUGUGCUAUACAUACAUACACACAUACAUAUAUGUUUUUGUUUUCUAAUAAUUAAAUGGGCGUGGCUUUAACUACAACUACAAAGAAGAAAAUGAAGURAACAACAAACAAUUACUACAACAAAACCAGGAACAACGCAUAACGAGAAUACUUUACUUUCUCAACAAUCCCUCCGAAUUUCAUUAUUUUAACUGAACACCAAGAGAACCACGAAACAAGCAGUCGCAAGAGGCAAAAAAUAACAAAAGCAAAAUGCUAAAACGUUUACAUAACGGCGAGGAUGAGGAUGAGGCGAGCAAGCAGUGAUUGAGAAAGUGCGUAAGCAAWGCAAAAUUUGCAAAAUUCGCGAAAAGUUUUCACAAAAUUUCACAAAAAAUGCAAUAAACAUGGAAUACACACGAUUUUCUUUGCGUUAAACAGUAAAUAAAGCAAACAUUUCGUAACAAUAGCAACAACAACAGAACAUACGAACUCAACUACAAUAAAACUGGAAUAAAAGGAAAAAGAAAAUCAAAUCAAAAGCUAAUAAGAGAAAUACAAUAAUAGCAGCAAGAACCUUAAACAAUACAACUAACAACAGCAACAACAACAAACAACAACAGCAACUGCAUAUGCAGUUACCAGGCACUUAAUUUGGACUGAGCACUGGAAAAAAAGCAAUGGAAGGCAGAUGGCGGAGUUAAAGGAGUUAAAAGCGCAGACGCUGCCGACAAAUUUCAUACAUGCAGGCGUACAUACAAACAUACAACCAUACAAAAAACAAAAMAAGCAAACGAGCAUGUGCAUGAACGGUGCACAGACGCUAACAAAGUAAGCCGAGCAGCAGUGAAAUAGUGGCUGCUAUUUUUGGAUGACUGCAAACGUUUAGGGGAAGCAAGCUAAUAUUUGUAAUUUAUAAAAAAAAAGUUAAAAAACRAAAACAAAAAUUAUAAMAACAAAAACAAAAAUUAUAAUAACAAAAACAAGAGAAAAAAACAAGCAUAACAAAGCAACGGACGCCUCUGGCAGCGUCCAACACUGUAUUUAUGGUAGUAUUACGUGAACAACAACAAACAUACAAACAAACAACCUGCAAUAAAGCAGGCUGCUAAACAAACUGUUUAACUUAUUUCCUUUUUCUAUGCAAUGAAAACAUUUAAUGGCGAUUUUUUCAAAAAAAAAAAACAACUGAGAAAAAAAAUUUUGAAAAAAAAUCAAAAAGCAAAUAAGAAACUCUUAAAACUUUAAGCAAAUGCGAUGCAAAAACGCAAAAACAAACAAAGUCGAUGUGAUAUUAAUUAAUGAUAACUAAUUCGUAGUAAGAGAGUAACAAAUUAAUGUUAAAUUAAAUUAAAUUAAAGAUAAAAACRCAUAAAAAGCAUUGGUAUAAACACA